GAUGGCCAGUAGACUGAAUUAAAGCUAUGCUAUGUAGGUUUGUUUAACCUUUCUUCGUUGAAGAAGUGAGAUUAGGGUGCAUAGGUGUUAUACCAGGACCAGGUUGCGAGAGUGACGAGAUAAAAGUAGAAGAGAAGAUUCCAUCUAGAAUCGAUUGGAUAAAAUGUCUGAAGAGCGAAGCGAUGGUUUGUCGAUAUAUACAAACUGAUUUGGAGUACCAUUGUACUUGCGAUCCAAGUUUAAAUGUAUCUAUAUACAAUACCGAGUUUUAUCCUUACUAAAGUUAUAUACUUCACCACUCCAUCCGUACAUCCAAGCAACUAAAGCACAGAGAAAGGGGGUCGUUCAACCAAGCGAACAAUUAGACGAGACUUUGAAUGCAGUAUUUGACUGAUACUACCAUGCCAACGUCCACGUAGGAGACUAUCGUUCUUCAAUUGCUGUACUAUCAGUCAUGCACUUAGUUUCCUCUUGUUUAUAAGAUGCUCUCUGCAACAUUCAUUCCUUCUGUGUAAUACACAGUCUUGUAUGAUCUUUGGUAUCGCGAUUCAUGCAGAGCCCUUUCUGAACACAUUGUUCUUAUAACUCAUAGCAACUACGCUCAAAUAUCGUGGGAAACAAACCAAGUACCUCAAUCUAAGAGACGACUUCCUAAUUGAGGAAUUGUGAGCACAGUUAAAGCCUUGCAUCAACAAGAGACCCAAAUAUACGCCACAGCGUAUCAAUGAGCUAUCAAAUAUGCUGCCCUUUCAAUCUAAUGUUGAGCGCGAUACCAAGAAGAAUUUCAAAACCAAAACUCCAGGUUCCGGGCUGAGCGCGAGUCACAGCCAAGCUCGCGGGAGCUCCGGCUUAGGAAUUACUGGAGCAAUGACAACGGCAUUACAGAGCACAGAUGCGUUGUUCGCCGAGUUAGAACACAAACUCGAUCCCUCUAACCGUGAAAUCGACGCAAAAUUUCUGCGUUUUCAGACGGCAGCAGGAAACUUUGUUGCAAUUCGACAAGAGGUAAAGACACUCAAGAAGAGUGUUGCCCAACAACUUGGAGUUCAAGAUCAAGAGCUGAGGGGCCAGGAUAAUCAGCAAGCGGAAGAAUUGAAUGAACUACGCAGGCAGCUAUCCGAGAAAGAAUCUUGAUGGAAAUUUAGCAAUGUGUGUGGAAAGCGAUGGUUGAGCAAGUCGAUGAAUGUUGUGAGACAUGUGCCAUCGAAACUCACGUGAGCUUCGGUAUUGUUUCCACAUAACGAUGUCGAUCAUCGAUCAUCGAUUAUCAAUUAUCAAUUGUGUAGAUAGAGAAAUUUAAGGAUAAAAACAGAUCAGGACAGACUUUACCACCCAAUUGAAUAUUCAUGUUGUUGUCAAUGUUGUCGUUGUCGUUGUGAUGUGUGAUUGCUGUGGAGAAAGCUUGCAUAGCGAUGUCAUAGAGUUAGGUAGUGAGGUGAGGGAAGGAAACAUUGCGAAUAAUCUAGAUGUUUCCA